AGUAAAAACAAUUAAAACAAAAAUGGCGUUUGCUUCAAAGAUCAUCACAUGCCUCCUCAUCCUUACGAUCUACAUUGCAGCUCCAACAGAGUCACACAUAACGUGUGGGACAGUGACAAGCACAAUGACACAGUGCAUCAGCUACUUGACCAACGGUGGUCCAUUGCCGUCAAGCUGCUGUGUGGCAGUCAAAUCAUUGAACCAAAUGGCUCAGACCACACCAGAUCGCCGACAAGUAUGUGAGUGCCUUAAAUCAGCCGGUAAGGAAAUUAAAGGCCUCAAUAUCGACCUUGUGGCCGCACUCCCUACCACUUGUGGUGUUUCACUUUCAUACCCCAUUGGUUUCAACACCAAUUGUGACAGUAUAUCGAUUGCCGUGUGAAGGAGACUAGAGAUGUACGAACGAAUAAUCAAAGUUGGCCCGACUUUAACCUAAACAAUACUUCUGCUAUUUUCUAUUUUAUGACUUGAGUUUCUUAUUAUGUGAUCCAUUUCAUAUGGUAAUAAGUAAUAACGAUAAAGGAGCUGUCUCUCCUUUUCGACGCUUUGAUGUAUGUACACGUAACAUACCAUCAGGAAUAACACUUUGUCUUUCUCUUACAUGUAAUA